AUGCAACGUGCACAUACAUUUGGCCGUGCUCGAUGCCAAACUUUCAACCGUCGUAUCGGCACGGAUCCGACUUUGGACCCGACGUUUUCCGACGUACUUGCACAAAUAUGUCCCCAAGGAGGGAACGGUAAUGCUUUGGCAAAUCUUGAUUCAUCAACUGCUGAUGACUUUGACAACAACUACUACACAAACCUACAGAACAACCGCGGCCUUCUCCAAACUGAUCAGUCAUUGUUCUCGACCACCAACGCAAGCAUCGUGGCCAUUGUCAACAGGUUUGCUGGUAGCCAACGCGACUUCUUCGACGCCUUUGUUCAAUCCAUGAUCAAUAUGGGAAACAUAAGCCCAUUGACAGGAAGCAAUGGAGAGAUCAGGACGAACUGCAGAAGGAUCAACUAG